AUGAGCUACGGAUUCUCAUGGCGUUGCAGACCAACGAACAUGAGAUUUCACCAUGCUCAUGGGUCAGCGAUCACUCUGUCCAACGAUCGUCUUCAUGCCUAUCGUGACAAACAACGCUUCUGUGAUGGAAUUGUGUUUGGUGAUCAACCUCUUGCAAUUGGUUGCCGGAUUUCCAUCCAGCUAACAUGCAUCACAACAUGGAAAGGUGCAUUGCGCAUUGGUGUUACAUCGCACGAUCCUCAGCAAUUUUUAGAACAACAGACACUGCCCCAUUAUGCGUGCCCUGAGCUUGUAAAACAAGAUGGCUUCUGGGUGCGGCUAGUUGCUGAACAGUUUGCUGUCUCAUACCAUAUAUUGACAUUUUAUGUUAAUUCUGUAGGAGAGUUACAUUUUUAUGUUAACAAUCACUAUACAGGAAUUCUUUUAAAUGGCAUUCCAACACAUCUUCAGCUCUGGUUCCUUCUGGACCUUUACGGAAAUACCUCAGCAGUUAAACUCAUCAUUACUGAUGAUGCCCCCAAAGAAAUAUUUGCCAGAGGAGAGGUGGCGGUGCGGGCUUACGAGAAAGCAUGCAUUUCAGGAAUUGAAGCUGUUUACCGUACACGUUUAAUGCUGGUGGGUAAAGAUAAAGUUGGAAAGACCAGUCUCAAAAAGGCACUUCUGGGUCAAAAGCAUGACAUGGAAAUAGAGAGUACUGAUGGAGUAGAUCUCAGUGAAUCCUGCUCUUUUAGUACAAGAGACACUCAAGCCUGGAGGUUAGCCAUCAGUGGAAAUAAUCAAAUUAAAGAAGAAGAAGACGAAGAAGAAAGUUUACCAGAGGAAUCACAGGAUCAACAAGGAAUAAUUGGUGGUUCAGCCACAUUAGAAGAAGAAUAUGAAGAAGCCAUAGCAAUGAAUGUCUACUUAGAAAUGUUAUUCCAAAAGAAAGAAAAAGAAUCAAGGAACAAAAAUUCUUUCCAAAAAGACAGGAAUUCAAAGAAAUCCGAGAAAGAGAAUCGUUCUCACAGUAGCAUGCUAAGCUGUGGCGUGGGCAGCAAGGUGUCUCCUGGGGCAGUUACCCAGGUGCCACAGGAACUAUUGAAGGAUAUUGCCGCUGGCGCCAUAGAGAAGUUACAGGCAAUGCUUGAAGAGCAGUCACCAGAGAAAUGGCUUGCUGAGAAAGCAGAGUGUCAGCAGGAGAAAGAAAUUGAAAAAGAAGCUGAAAUUCUUGAUCAGGAAGUGACUCUUGACAUUUGGGAUUUUGCUGGUCAGGCUGUCUACUACACAACACAUCAGGUGUUUCUUUCCUCCCGGGCAAUAUAUGUCAUUGUCUUCAACAUGUGUGAGGAUUUUUCUGCUAUGACAACUGUAAAGCCUGUCAGUGAUCAUAUACAGGAUGUAGAUAUAUUGACUGAAGAACUAUCCAGUCUGGGUUACAUUGAUUAUUGGAUGAAGUCCGUCCAUGUCCAUGCUGCUGAGAAUACAAAGAAUUCAGUCACUAACACAACACUUUCACCACCAAUAUUUAUUGUUGGCACCCAUAGGAACAGUUUGAAUGAAGAUUUAGAGAUACAGAAACAAAUAGUGGAAAAAAAGUUUGGUCAGUUGCAUCAGUUCUUGGUUGGUAAACCUUAUUAUAAACAUAUCGUGAAGCCUUUCUUUGCUGUAGAAAAUUGUUUAAAUGAAGGCGAAGACAUCCAGAUAUGCCAUUUACGAGAACAGAUCCAAAAGUCAGCCUUGCAAGAGCUGUACAUGGGAGAGCAGAUUCCAACACGAUGGCUUCAGUUUGAGCAAGUCAUUACACAGCUGGUUGAAAAUUCUAAUAACUAUGCAUGUGUAGAUCAGAUAAUAGACUUGGCAUUUGAUCUGGGCAUUGAAGACCAUGAUGAAGUCCAGACUAUGCUUGAGUUCUAUCAUGACCUUGGCUUGAUUGUUUAUUAUGGUGGAGGCUCAAUUACAGUGGAUAACAUUCUCCAAAACUUAGUCAUCCUAAGCCCCCAGUGGUUAGUUGACAUGUUUAAAAGAAUUAUUACUGCACGACAGCCAGCUGAUCUGAAGAAUACUCUCAUUGACAAAUGGCAACAAUUAGAAAAAUAUGGAAUCCUUGAUGAUCAUUUAGUGAAUUAUCUUUGGGCUGAUGACUUAGAUCAGAAAAUAGCUCUCCUUGGAUUACUGGAGAAAUUUGAUCUCAUAUGUAAGCGCAUACCUUCAAAGGUUGAAAACACAAAGGUAGCAAGUUACUAUGUACCUGGCCGAUUUCACCUUGUUAGAGACAAGAAAAAGCUGUACAUGGAAAAUUCAGAAGAUGUUACAUUUUAUCUAAAUUUUCUUGGCUUUCUUCCAGAGGCCUUAUUCCACCGAAUACUGACACAUGCCAUCCGCUGGUCUCAGGAAUGUGGAGGAUGUGAACCUUACUUGUAUUACAGGGUUGCACGUCUUUUCCUUGACAGUGAACAUGACUUUGUCUUGGAAAUGAUGCCCAGUUCUCAUGCUAAGAUCAAGGUCGUUGUUAUGCGAGUGACUGGAUCUAGAGAGGAUGGUGUAUAUAUUGAUGAUAAAGGUGAGAAGGCACCCCUUGUUGCCAGCCCACAUGCAGUGGCAAAGGUGCGAAAUUUUCUUGACUCAGCUCUGCUAAACUUACGUGAAAUGUGGAUGAAGCGUAUUUCAUACACAACAUGUGUAAGCUGUCCUUGUGGGCGUCCCUGUGAUCUCCAUCAUAAAAUUGCUUGUGCUCAAGAAAUAUGUCUUCAUUUCUUGGAUCUUGAUGAGUGCCUUACAAAAAAGGUGGUUUGCUGUGGCCAUCGAAGAGUGAAAACUGGAUUUGUACAAAAAUGGUUCCCUAAUCCAUCAUCAGUUGCCUUGAAAAAAACAAUUUUACCUGACAUAUCAAUGGAAGGGACAGAUGGAAACAUAGAGAAAGAAUUACCAGAAUUACCACAUUGGAUAAAAAGUGCUGCUAAAUUAUUAAACAGUGGAAUGGAAAAUCAAGACUGGAUCUGUUUAGCUAACCAUCUUGGUUAUAAGAAAUCCAAGUUAGAAAAAUUCAACAAUGAUUUAAAUCCUUCUUUGGCUUUACUCACUGAUUGGAUCCUGAGUAGUGGAAACACCCAGGUUUCUGUUGAUGUACUGCUUACCUUUCUGGAGCAGAUGUCUCGCUAUGACAUCAUUGAGGCUUUACAUGAACACAGAAACAAAGCAGGGUCUGCCCCACCACCCCAGGUGUUUAUAAGCUACCAGUGGGACAGUCAAGAUGAGGUACAAGCAUUAUGGGACAGGCUUGAAAGAGCUGGUUACUCCUGCUGGAUGGAUAUUGGACAGCUUGGUGGAGGUGACCAACUCUAUAACAGGAUAGAACAUGGUAUACGAAACUGCAAGAUUGUCGUAGCUUGCAUCACUCCAAAAUAUAUUGUCUCCCAGCACUGUAGCCGUGAACUGAGCCUUGCUGAUUUACUGUGCAAGCCAAUUCUACCUGUUAUGUUUGAGACUGUAGUGUGGCCACCACCUGGUGGUAUGGCAUUAAUCUUCUCAAACCUUUUAUAUAUCAAUAUGAAAGGUAUUGGUGGCCAUGGAGGCACAGGAAUCCAUGCUGACCUUGAGGAUAAAUAUAAUGAAAUCAUGCAACGAAUCUCUCACUACUCUGUGCCAGAAACCAGCAGUUCAACACAAGGGGAUCCUUCUAUGCCUGUCCACAGCUCUGUUAGUCACAAAGAACCUAACAAGGGGGAAAUGCUCUCAAGCUCCAUGCAACAAACCCUGUCCAAUACAACUCCUACAAACUUCCAACGGUUCCUGAGUACACAAGGAAGCAGCCCAAAUCUCACUCAGCAGUUUCCUACACACAGCACUCAUUACCCAAGAACUACACCACCAGCCGCUAACCAAAACACAGAAUCAUUUUCAUGGCGAUGUGGAUCCUGUAAUUUGCUAUGA